GUCCAGAGUCCAGCUCAACUUCCAGAGGGACAAACAGCCGCCCACAGGGGCCACCUCGCCAGCAGUACAGGACAGCCAGACACCCCCUGCUCCCCAGCACCAUGGAGUACGUCAGCGCCCUGGCUCCUGCAUCGCUGCUGCGGUCGGUGUCCAGUGCAGGCACAGAGCUGUCCCGGCGGGUCCUGGCCCCCCGCGCCACCGCCCCACGCCCCUUCCGCCUCUGCGACCACCGACAUGGCGCCCGCAAGGGCCUCAUGGCUGCCAGCCUGCCCGAGCUGCGCUGCAAGGCACAGGAGGCCCUGCAGGUGUCAGGCCCUGCCUCACUGGUGCUGGAGGAGGAUGGCACAGCUGUGGAGAGUGAGGACUUCUUCCAGAGCCUACCCGACAACACUGGGAUCAUGCUGCUAGCUCACAGGCAGAGCUGGAGCCCCCCCAAGGGUGGGAGCCGAGGCCUGAGCCGGGGCCGGGAGAAGCAGGGUGGGGACAUCGCCCGCGUCACCUUUGACAUGUACAAGCUGCACCCGCGGGACCUCUUUGGGAGCCUCAGCAUCACGGCCACGUUCUACGGGCUGUACUCCAUGAGCUGUGACUUCACCUGCCUCGGGCCCAAGAAGGUGCUACGAGAAGUGCUGAAGGUGAUCUCGGCUGUGAUGCAGGGCAUGGGGCGCCUCCUCCUGGGAGCCUCCAACUACAUCCGGCGCCUCCUGGACGGAUCUGAGACCUGGUACCAGCCCGCCCGGCUUCAGGCCUGCAAUUGAGGGGCCCUGCCCCUCUAUCCACGAUCCUGUGAUACUGCCCCUUCUAAUGACCCCCCACCCAUCCUGAACCCCAAUCAACUCAAUGCACAGAUGAAGCUGCUGAUUAAACUGGAGAUAGUCCAUGUCA